CCUAUAUAUAACCUCAAUUUUUUUAUUAGUAUAUGUGGAAUUAUUCUCUCAUUUCACCUCUGUUUCUGUCUGAAUUGAACCUUGAGAUUGGCAAUGCGAAGAGCAAAAGUAAAAGCUACAAUAUGUGUAAAAAGAAAAAAAACCGACUCUUCGGCUGCUCUUUCUACCUCGUCAGACCCUACCGUAGAUAUUCCUCUAUCUACGGACCCUACACCUCAAGCAUCUCCAAAAUCCCCUACUGAGGACCCUAUUAUUUCUCCUACAGAAAACUGUGUCUCUUCAGCUUCGACUCCGUCCCCAAUAAAAUCCACACAACCAGCUUUUUCUGAAGUAGAGGCUCCUCCAUCUACACCAAUGUCACAGGUCGAUUCAAUUGUUACAGAAAGUCAUGAUGAAAAAUCUAAACCAGCAGUUAAAAGUAGCGUAUUGACUAGGACUAAAAUCAAAGCAGUUCCAAAAAUAAGAGGUAGAAAAGUAGGUUCGGGUGGUACACCAUCGGAGAAUGAAAUAAAAAAAAGUGAUAUUGUAUCAACACAGUCAACUUCAAUUGAGGAGCCUGCAAAUAGUCCAUGUGUACAGGAAUCAACGGAUGAUCCUCCAUUAAAAUCUAGUCAGUCAGAAAUUGUGAACUCCCAGAGUAAUCCCAUUCCUCCAGCAAGUCCUAGCAAAAUAUGUAGGACCAAAAUCAAAGCAGUUCCCAUAUUAGGACAUAGGAGAAUUCAUUCUGCAAGUGAUUCGGAUGAUGGAAAUAAGAAUAGUUCUACUAGAAUCAGAACUGAUUCACAAUCCUCUUGUAUUUCUGGAAAUCAAGAUACAAUUGUUGAGCAGCCUCAAACACCGAAAAAAAAUGAAUCAAAUUCUGAAACCAAAAGAAAAUUUAAAAAAUCUGAGGGGUCAAAAAAAUUGGCAGAUGCAAGAAGGGAGUUUGCCAAGAAGUAUGUUGAUGGUAAACCAGAUUAUAAAAAGUUGACUAUGAUGGACCUCAUUUUCUAUAAUCCAACAACAAAUCCUAUGAGGUCAGAGAAGAAGAAAUCUGUAAGUUCUACAAAAAGUGUUAGUAUAAAUGAACAAAAUGAAGAAGAAGUUGAUAAUCCUACAGAACCUACAGAUGAGGAUCCAACCAAAAAAGAUGAGGAGCAGUUGGACAAAAGUGAAGAUGAAGAAGAUAUAAUAGCUCCACGAAUAAAAAUAGGACCUACAGGUGAGAUCAUUUUAGAUGAAAAAAGCUUGGUUAUUGAAAACAAGAAGACGAAGAAAGCUUUAGAAGAAAUGGAAAAAACAGAAGCAGUUGAUGAGGAUUUGGAUAGACCUUAUGGGGUCUAUAAAAGGUUCAAAAGGUGCAAAUGGUCUCAUUCUGAUACAUUAAAAUUCUACCGAGCAUUGAGCACAGUGGGAACAGAUUUUUCACUUAUGACUGAGCUUUUUUCUAACAGAACUAGAAGAGAACUCAAAUUGAAAUUCAAGAAAGAAGAGAGAAUUAAUCAAGCACUUGUAGACCAAGCAAUCAUGAAACCAUGCAGUUUCAAUUUUAAUGAGUUGAAGAGCGAAUUUGAGUUGAUGGAAAUUGAAAGGUUAGAAAUUGAGCAACAACAGAUUAAAAGCAAAGAAAUGUCUGAGAAGAAACUCAAUAAAAAAACUAAUAAACUGUCAAAAAUAAUGCAAGAAGAUGACUCAACUACUAAUUCAACAGAGAGUAUUCAAGAAAAUUCUAGUGAGAAAAAUUCAAAUUCCAGUGAAGCUGCAGGUGAAAAACCGGUGAAGAAGAAGAGAGAGAAAAAACGAAAACCAACACUUUUGAAACCACCCAAACCCUCCAAGAAACUCGACAUACUGAGUGCUCUCAGCGACAGUGAGAAUAGUGAGAUAGAUUCAGAUGAAGAAUCAGAAGAAGCAUUUUCAUUGAAUACAACUCACACAACAAGAUAUGGAAGAAAAACAAAACGAAGGGAAAUCUAUGAGCCAAACAUCAAUCUAGAAGAAGAAGAAUUGAUAAUUCAAAAGAAAAUUCGAAAGCCAAAUCCAGAGCCCGAGCCUGCUCAAAAGCCUGGUUCUCUCAUGGUGGUUUCAUCAGAAACCUCUGAUGGACAGCCUGUAGUACAAAUAUUCAUGGUUACAAAUGACAAUGCAGAAAGUACUAAUCAGAAUGAUACCAAUGCCAAAAACUUAUUGCCUAUUGCUAUGAUAAGAACUAAUCAAGCUAAUGAAGAAGAAGAAGAAGUUGUGGAGAACAAUUACACAAUACCAGCAGAUACUGGAGAAAAUGAAAAUGAUUCAAUAGAAAUACAAGAUGAUGUUACAUCGCAAGAAUCAGGACUUUGAGUAUAAAACAGAAGAGUGAAUAGUCUCUAUAUAUACAGGGUGUCCCAGCUGGAGUGUCCAAAAAUGUAAUAAAGUACAUUUGAAACAAAUCCACGUGUUUCUCCUUAAACUUUAACAUAGUACUCAUGGUGUAAUGCCUUGUAUAUUGGAUGUCAUGAAAAAAGAAAAUCUCUUCCUAUUUCAGAUUUUUUGCAAGUAAUGCGAAAAAAAAUAGGUAGAUCUUACAACAGUGAAUAUUUUCUGUAGAAAGUCCUUAAAAAAAUUGAAGGAAAAUUUUAAAUUAUAUGUUGAAAGAUAUGUAUGAUGAAAAUAUUUAAGAAUAUAUUGUGCAGUUUCCUAAUAUUUCAGAUAAUUUUAAUCAGAAAACUUGAUUAUUUUUUUGAUCGGUUAUUUCCAGUGGGUUUGGGAUAAUGUAAAGUAUCCCUUAAUUUGAUUGUUGAGUUAUUUGCAGCAUUAUUACUAUUUUUCAGGAACACAGUAGAUUUUGUUAUGUACUUCUUGGUUUGCUUCAAGUUUGAAUACCUACCAUAUCCUUUUUUUUAGGUAAUUUUACAAAGUAUUCCAUAUAUAGUGGAAUGUUUUCAGAAUGGAUUAAUAUUUUUUAUUUUCAGUUUAUUGAUAGAUUGGGGAGAUUUUUAAAAUUUUCUUUACAUCUCUUUGAGAAUUAAUUUCAAUGGACAACACAAGACCUAUACCAUAUCUUAUUAUUUUUCACUGUGAGUGUGGAUUAAUGCAACAUCAAAUAAUACGAAACAAGUACCAUGUAAAAAAUAGCUGAAAUGUUACAAUUUAUGCAAACCAAAUUAACACUCCUUGUUUCAUAUUUUCAUAAUAAAUAAACUCUUUUCUAUAUAAACCUUUGUUAAAAAUCACUAAACCUAAGAAGACAAUUAUUAUGGACAUUUGAAGUUCAGUUAAUUAUUAAUUUGGUAUACAUAUAUUGUAACAUUUCAGCUAUUUGCUACAUGAUUCAUGUUACUUAGUAAUUGUUACCCGAUACAUGUUGCUUGAUGCUAUAUGUAUAUUAGGGUUCUGUGGCUUCAUAAAUCCACACUCAAGAGAAAUGAAAAUAUACGUUGAAUUGUUGAACUGCUCACUACAUUGUCUAAUUUUUAUUUACAUUAUCAGUAUUUUAAAUAAGGCUUCAUAUUGAAUGUUACUGUAACAAAACAGCUAGCUGUAUGAAAGAAUGUAUAGGAUGAUUUAAAGAAAUGAUCUGCUGACAAUUUUGAUGAAAACUGUGAUACUUUAAUAAAAAUGGAUACAAUGUUUCAUU